AUGCAGGAGCAACCACUACCUUCGCCCAUGUUUCAUUUGAGUCCAGUUAAGCCGAAGGCAGCAAUUUUGUCACUCCCUCCAGAUUCGCCCGGAGUUAGCGUGAUUCAGGACGGUAACUCCGAUGGUAACCGCGUUUUUUCUGUCGUGAUUCCAGAUGGAGUGAGAGGUGGCGAGUACUUUCGCGUAACCAUGGCAGGUGAGACGAUGAAAGUUAAAUGUCCGAUGAUGGUAGAUCCUGGCGAGCGCGUUCGAGUUACGUUGCCACCCAAAUCACCCCUAUCUCCCACCGAUAUAAGUGUGAUUGCGGCCCGUCAUCCUGGGCCUUACUGGACCCACAUUCCUUACCGUGCCAAACCGGGAGAGCGCUUUCAGCUGAGUGUAUUUGGAGCCGUUGUAAAUGUGAAAGUACCACCAGGAGGACAUGAGGGCAUGAGAAUCUGGUUUAUGCUAGGAGAGAAGAAAGGCGAAGAAGAUAUGGCCGAUGGCCACGCUCCAUCUUUGGGCCAAAUUGAUGUGCCUCCUCUCUGCGACAAAAGCGAUUCUUCAAACGGUUUGGAAAGAAGAGAUACUACAACGAACAGCGAUACAAUGAGAAAGGAAGACACCAUUAGGCCUUCUGAAAGCGAACUAUCCCACACUGAAGAAGAUGGCAUUUCCGACGACGAAACGGAAGAACCAUUCCGUCCUUCCUUGCGCCCAUCUACGCUGCGAGGUAUGUCCUUUGACGACGACGAAAAGACUCCUUCUACCUACUGUUCCGAUCCCGAUGCCCAUCCGAACGGUGAAGAAAAAAACGUGUUCCACGAUGCAGUGGAGGAAAUCGGCAAUCGUGUCCGCCGUGGUGGUCGCCGGGUCGCACUCCCAGAACCGCCACUCUACGAAGCCGAAGUUCUUUGUUUGCGGUACGUGGGCGGGGAAGGAGAACAUCGUGAGUAUGGUUGGGAAAAACCGGACUGGACAACCAAAGACUUACGGCCAACUGGUAGGAAUGUCAAAGACGGCUCGACGCUGGCCAAACCUGUAACGUUGAUUGCCAAUGUUGUCGGUACGGAGCAGCAUCUGUCGUGGGAGAGGCCCGCGUGGACGAAACAGACUCUCAAGGUGACCGAGAAAGGCCAAAGGGCUAAAAAUGGCGAAACUCUCGCGGCUCCGGUGACGAACAUUGCCCAUGUUGCUGCGGAAACGGCUGACUACCAAUUUCAAAAACCAGAAUGGACCAGAAACGCCGGAUUGCGAAGCACAGGAAAGUUCGAAAGGCUGCAAGAAGGGAAGGAUAUUGUUCGUCCAAUUGGAGGUAUCAAGCAUAUCGACAAUGUGAACAAAGUUGAUGUGGAGCUCCUUUCCUCUACAUCCAGUCUGGUAGAGCUCCCACGUCAUGAAUCAGUUACGACUUCCUCGCAUGUCCCGGAAAUCGUAGUUCCUUUGGACCCAGCUGAUGCGGACAAAAAAUUGGAGUUGGAGGACUCUAUCUCAGAGGUUUCUCAAGUCGAUAAGGACACCGUCGAACCGGACGAAAGUGUGGAAGAAUACGACGAAGAUAUCUUUUCCGAGGAAGAAUACGAAGAAUAUGUUGUUGUGAGAGAAGAAGACGUGGAAGAAGAUGUCGCAUUGGCUGAGAUUCGAAUCGCGACGUAA